GACUACAAGGUCACCACCCAGGUCCUCGGACUGGGUAUCAACGGGAAAGUUUUGCAGAUCCUCAACAAGAGGACCCAGGAGAAAUUCGCCCUAAAAAUGCUUCAGGACUGCCCCAAGGCCCGCCGGGAGGUCGAGCUGCACUGGAGGGCCUCCCAGUGCCCACAUAUUGUGCGGAUCGUCGACGUCUACGAGAACCUGUAUGCGGGGAGAAAGUGCCUGCUGAUCGUCAUGGAGUGUCUGGAUGGUGGAGAGCUCUUCAGCCGAAUCCAGGACCGAGGAGACCAGGCAUUCACUGAAAGAGAAGCGUCAGAAAUCAUGAAGAGCAUCGGUGAGGCCAUCCAGUAUUUGCACUCAAUCAACAUUGCCCAUCGGGAUGUCAAGCCCGAGAACCUCCUCUACACCUCCAAAAGGCCCAACGCCAUUCUGAAACUCACCGAUUUUGGUUUUGCCAAGGAAACCACCAGUCACAACUCUCUGACCACUCCUUGUUAUACGCCGUACUAUGUAGCUCCGGAAGUGCUGGGUCCAGAGAAGUAUGACAAGUCCUGUGACAUGUGGUCCUUGGGUGUCAUCAUGUACAUCCUGCUGUGUGGGUAUCCUCCCUUCUACUCCAAUCACGGCCUUGCCAUCUCUCCGGGCAUGAAGAGUCGCAUCCGAAUGGGCCAGUAUGAAUUUCCCAACCCAGAGUGGUCCGAAGUAUCAGAGGAAGUGAAGAUGCUUAUCCGGAACCUGCUGAAAACAGAGCCCACUCAGAGAAUGACCAUCACGGAGUUUAUGAACCACCCCUGGAUCAUGCAAUCAACAAAGGUCCCUCAGACCCCACUGCACACCAGCCGGGUCCUGAAGGAGGACAAGGAGCGGUGGGAGGAUGUCAAGGAGGAGAUGACCAGUGCCUUGGCCACAAUGCGUGUUGACUACGAGCAGAUCAAGAUAAAAAAGAUCGAAGACGCAUCCAAUCCUCUCCUUCUGAAGAGGCGGAAGAAAGCUCGGGCCCUGGAGGCCGCGGCCCUCGCUCACUGAGCCCCUGAGCCCACCCCGCUCCACUGGAGGACAAGCAAUAACUCUCGACCUGGAUAUAUUUUUUAAACGAAGAGACACAGAACUGUCCCAUUUCCACCUCCCCUCCUGCUUGGCGGCAUGGAGCCCGGAGCCCCAUCAGAGGCUGAAUCCCGCCUUUGGUUCCGAACGGCCACCUCAGAGAGGGGGAGGCUGGGAGGUUGGGGGCGGCAUGGAGAGAAGGGAGCAAGAUGCUCUUGAACCCGUGCUCAUUUUGCAAUUUUAUGAGUAAUUUGACUUAGGAUUUUUAUGAACCUUCUUUUACUGUUCUUUCCCCCACUCUGCCUCUUCCCCAAACCCCCUUCCUCUCUGGACGUGCAAGGGUUUGGGGCUUGUUAAAGGGUAUUUGUGGAAACUGUUACAGGGAGUGUCCCUGUGUGGUCCCACUGCCCACUCUUUCCCCACUGCAGCCUGAGGCCCCACUGGCCAAGGCAUUCUGGGAGCUCAAGGCCAUGGGGGGCUGGGGCUGGGGUGUCACCCACCUAUACUGGAGCCCUCAGACGUCACCAGUGUGCCAGACGGACAGAGGCGAGUGUGACUGUGUGUGUGUGUGUGUGUGUAUGCGUGCGUGCGUGUUCUCGGAUCUGUGUCUGGGACUGCAUGUGAGGGGCCAGGGGGAGGCAGGGCUGCAGAGGUAGGGGCCUGCUGUGGCUCAUGGACCUUCGCCCUCCCUGGGCCUGUCAUGCCCAUGUUGGGUCUGCCAAAGUGCCUGAGAAGCCGAUCCAGAUUCAGGGCCAGGCCCCCCGUGGCCUGCCCGCUAGCCAGCCUGGGAGGCAGAGAGGAGUGACUUCCGCACUGGCACAGCAAUCAGGAAGACUGGACCGCCCCCCUCCUGCCCCCCUGCCCCCCACUCUGCUUGUUCCCGUCCUCUGAGGCGCUUAGCUACCAAGUGGCCUCUCCACGUCUCCUUCCUGCCAUUCUUAACCCAUUCUCGGUGAUUUUUCCUACAUUUUUAGCCACUUCUUUAACAGGCCUCCUCUCUGCUCACGUGGGUGAGCCUGGGCAGUCUAAAAGUGAUACCAAGCUUCUGCAUUUUGCUGUCUCUCUCCUGGGCUCUGGAGGCCUUGGCGGGCUGCCCCACGUGGGCCAAGGCAGCAUCACUUACGUGCGCCGUUGCAUUGGAGGAGGAGUCUUCACACCAAAGAUGUCCCAACUCUGCCCCUUCCCCAUUCACCCCUUCACCCCAACCCCAAACAGCUCAGCUCCAUGUAUCCAGGCCAGUGAGGGGAGGGUGAGGAGGGCCCUUCCCCAGUAUUAAUGAGCAACCUGGGGAGAAGUCCUGUGUGCCAUGGUCUUCUGGGGGCAGGAAUACUUCAGCUUUCAUCUCCCUCGGGGGCAGAACGGUGGAGAAGUCUGGACACAGGGGAAAGGCUCGGGGGGCCUGCAGUGCCUCCCUGUCUCUGAUGGUGUGUCCAGCACUCAGAUUGUUGUAAACUAUUGAUGUUUUGUAUAAGCGAAAUUGUCUUUACUAAACAGAUUUAAUAGUUGAAA